AUGGUGCGGUCUUUGCGACGAUCAAAAGUCCCCUUAUCACUUUCACAGUCUCUGCAAUCCUCUCGCUCCUGGCAACAGCGGCAAUCGGUAUCCGAAUAUGCAAAUAAACACAACAUUCCGUCGUCGCAUCCCCUCCUCGAUCACCAACUCUCACAAGCACAUCCUAAAGACGAUCCAUGCACAUACACCGGAGGAAGAUGGCUGCAUCGCGACAAACUCCAGCGAGACUGUCGCCGCAUACAGUUCAGCUUCCCUGCACUCUGUGACAGAGUUAUUCAUCUAAGUCCAGGUGCAACGAAUGUUGCCAAGUACGAAAAGAAAGAAGGUGGAUUUAAUAGAGUCUUCAUCUUUACCAUGGACACAGGCUCUCGUAUCGUAGCAAGGCUACCGACUAGUAUUGCCGGCCCUCCAAGGUUGACAACCAACUCCGAAGUCGCGACAAUGACAUAUUUACGAUCCAAGCUGUCACUUCCAACACCCAAACUAUUAGAUUGGAGUGACGAUCCAGCGAACCCUAUCGGCACAGAAUAUAUCAUUCAGGAACAUGUCGAAGGCGUACAACUCCAUCAGGUUUGGCCUGACAUGAACUCAGAACAACACAUGCUAUGUUCCAAGGCUCUUUCAUUGGCAAUCAAACAGAUGGCGUCCUUGGAUUUCCCAGCAUAUGGCAGCUUAUACUUUUCGGACGCGCCCCUCGAAGAGCAGACGAAAAUACCACUUGAGCAGGGCUUUUGUGUUGGGCCAAACUGCAGUCCCGUAUUCUGGAAUAGGAAUCCAGGCGAGUUGGAACUCUACGGAGGCCCGAGUCCUAAUUGCGGCCCUUGGCGUGACCUCACAAGCUAUUGCACAGGUCUGAUUGAAACCGGCUUCUAUCGACUACCCAAAGAAGAACAUGCCAAGUGCAGUCUCCCUCACCAAGGGGCGAUUCAGGAUCAUGUUCAAUUACUGAAUAUAAGCCAAGAAGUGAUGCAGAGGCUUAUCGAGGAUAAGCGGAUCCAGGAUGCUGCGGCGCCAGCCCUAGUGCACCCUGACUUUCACAAGAGAAACAUCUAUGUCUCAGCAGAAGAUCCCACUGUCAUCACUGGUAUAAUUGACUGGCAAUCAACAAGCAUCGAGCCUUCUUUCAUUUAUGCCAACGAGACUCCCGACUUCGCCACUCCUCCUCAAGACAUCGAAGGAGACAUUUUCGAAAACAGGGAAGGCGAAUCCACCCCCGUUCAGACAGAGAAAGAGCGGAAAGAUGCCUCGAUCUGUUAUCAGACAUACGACGUAUGCAUGAAAGGUCUAACCCCUAAACUUCGACCCACAAGGCUGCUUGAUCCGACCUUAUUCCGACUCUUCCAUUACACCCACACAACCUGGAGAGAUAGCGCGACUGCUAUCCGUCAAGAACUGAUUGAGCUAUCAGAUCGGUGGUCUGAGCUGGGAUUGCAUGGGACGUGCCCGUUUUCUCUAACCGACGAAGAACGUAAUAAGCAUGCUAAGGACUAUGAGGACUUUGAAGCGGUGCAGAGUCUCAAGCUGUGGCUCAAGCGCUCUUUGAAUACAAAUUCUGAUGGCUGGGUUCCGAAUGAGGCGUGGGAUGCGGCGAGGGAUGCGCAUCGGGCGGCUUAUGAUUAUUGGAUACAGACGGCGAGGGAGUACGAGGAUAGGGGGGAGGACGGGAUGACGGUAGAGAAGGCGGAGAGGUUGUGGCCGUUUGAUGCGAGAUAG